AUGCUCCAGACCAGGGCCGAGGGGAGUUCAGCCGCGUUCGCGUCGGCCUCGGACGCCGAGAAAAGCGCGAGAUUCGACACCUCAGGCCGCGCCGAAGCUGCGCCGAAGCCACGCAGUUGUGUGGUGUGUCGAAAGCGCAAAGUUCGCUGUGAUAAGCGGGCGCCAUGCUCAAACUGUCGUCGUGCAAAUAUCGCGUGUGUUUUGCCUUCCUCAGAUCGUCUUCCGAGAUGGGCUCGUCGCCUCGAUCGUCUCAACGGCGCGUUCUCACCCCCACAGGCGUCACAGGAUGUGGGCCCGAUUGCUGAUGCAGUGAUGGAAAGACUGCGUACUUUAGAAAGUCUUGUCAAAGAUCUAACCAGUCAGCUGGAGCAGGCCAAGUCGGCCGCGAAUUCGGCUGAAGGGUCGUCCGGCUUUGGAUCGCCGGAGAGUAUUGUGCAUGAAACUGGCCAACCGUCGCAUGCAACACCCAAUAGCACAGGAGAUGUCCAGGACCACUUUGGAAGAUUGGUUCUUCGGGAUGCAAGUCGGAGUCGUUAUAUCAGUAGUGCUUUCUGGUCCCGGGUCAAUGACGAGAUUGAUGGCCUCAAGAUGGACGCAAAAAGUCUACAAAUGGAGGACUCUGAUACAUCAGAUGCUGAGACAUCGCCAGAGAAAACCCCAUCUACCCAGGAACUUGAGCAGACUCCAUCGGAUCGUCAUGCAUUCCUAUUUCGUCACAACCUAAGCACUGCUGCUCCCAAUCUGACAAAUCUUCACCCGUUACCAUCACAGAUUCCUUUCUUACUGGACGUGUUCGCUGAAAACGUGAAUAUUGUUCUCCAAAUUGUCCACCUUCCCACCAUCAAAGCGAUGGUUCGGGAUUGGCGAAGCCGUGAGAUGAAGGAACUCACACCAGUCAACGAAGCAUUGAUGUUCUCAAUAUACUAUGCUGCCAUAACCUCGAUGGAAGAAGACGAUGUCAUGACAAACUUUGGAGUCCCCAAGGCUGAACUCAAUCUUAAAUACCGCCACGGCCUUGAGCAUGCUCUUGCCAGGGCCGAUUUUCUUAAUGUACCUGACCUUGUCUUGGUUCAAGCAUUCGCCAUCUUCAUUGCUCUUGUCCGUCGACAUGACAGCCCAAGGUUUGUAUGGAUGAUGACUGGGCUACUUAUCCGGAUGGGACAAGCUCUUGGACUCCACCGGGAUGGAUCGAAUUUUCCCCAUUUGACACCUUACGAAGUUGAGAUGAGGCGGCGAGCAUGGUGGGUGCUGUGCCUUCUAGACGUUAGAGCAUCCGAAAACCAAGGAUCCGACUAUACCAUCACAAAUGCUAGCUUUGACACCAAACUACCCCUGAAUAUUAAUGAUGUCGACAUCGCUCCGGAGUCAGCAGAAAUCCCUCAAGAGCAUGAUGGUUUGACCGACAUGUCCGUCGCACGCGUUACCUUUGGAAUAUGCCAAGUCACAAUGCAAAUGAUGUCCCACGGCUUCAAAGACAAGGCACCCAGUCUGAAUGAGCAGGGUCGCUCGCUGAAUCAAAUUUACGAGACCCUUGAGAAAAACUUCCUUCAAUACUCCACUGACUCCGGAAAUAUCACAUAUUGGGUGAUAGUAAUCGUCGCCCGCCUUACCAUGGCCAAGAUGGCCCUGCUCAUUUACCUGCCUCUACUUUUUUCUACUGCCAAAGAUGAACUUGCUGGAGAUCUUCGUACGAAACAUUUGAUAUCGGCAAUUGAAGUUGCUGAAUACAACCAUGCCCUGAACAAUGAGAAUUCGUGUCGCCACUGGCGGUGGGCGUUUCAAACCUAUACGCAUUGGUACUCCAUUGUCUAUAUGAUGAUUGAAAUUUCGCGGCGCCCAUGGUCUCCAAUAUCGGAAAGAGCCUGGGUGGCACUUCACAGUGUCUGGCUUAUCCCAAAUCAAUCAAAAUUGGACAAAAGCCUCCGAAUCUGGGUUCCUCUGCGAAGGCUCAUGAAUAAAGCAAGACAACACCGAGACAAGGAGCUUGAACGGUUGAGUAGCGACCGUCAUGCUACCGAACAGCUAGAGACGGAGUACCGCGAUCUGCCAUUGCCAUCGAGUCUCGGACCAUUUCCCCAAGGGUCCGACUCAGCAAAUUUAUUCCUUGGGCGAUGGCGCCAGCUUAUUUCAAAUCUAGAUGAAACUACAAACCCCAGUGCACCAAACCUUUCUCAAAAUCCGAGCCAAGCAACACCAGAUCCUAUUGCGACUGCUCAACAUGCCGAUAGCAGCUAUGUUGAGCUGGGGAUUCCCAAUUUUGGUGCCGACUAUGCCGGAAAAGAUGUGCCAGCUACGAGCUUCUAUGGUUUAAAUCUGGAAAUGUUACCACGUUCAACCGUGGAGACCGCAGCUGAGCAGAAUUCUAUUUCAACGCAUUUUUCAUCGUCGUUGCCGGACCAAGCGGCAGCGGCAACCGACCGAGAUAUUGCUCCCUGGAUGUGGACUGAUGGACAUAUCAUUUCCGAGUCCGGGGCGCUUUCUGUCGACGCUGUUGACAUGAACAUGGAUAUUGAUGGAGAAAUGAACUGGUACAACUGGGUCGAAUCUGCACAGGAGAUGGGAUGA